CAUUGACAUUAUGUCAACGUGUCCGACCGACGGGCGACGAUUGAAGAACUUUGAGUACGAAUUUACAUAUAAUGUGCUAUCAAGAUUAAUUCAACUAUUAGUAAAACUAUAAACUAGAAAGGCGUUUAAUACUAUUAUAAAAUGGUUUUGCUGGGCAACGAUGAGUUUCUUUCGGAGUUGACUAAACUUUUUCAAAAAGCUCGUAGUGCAGGAUCAGUCACCAUGACAAUGAAAAGAUAUGAUGGCCGUACAAAGCCGGAACCAAGGGAUGGUUCAGCUGUAGUGAAGGAUCCUAAAUACAAAUGUUUAAUAAGAGCACAACAUAAAAGUAAAAAACUAUCAACAGUUAUUGAACAGAGAGAUGUUGAAAAAUUCAGUACAGCAUAUUCUAAUUUGCUCAAAACUAGUGUCAACGGGUUAAAACGUUUGAAAAAGCCAAAAAAGAAAGCGGUGGCAACUCAGUAAGGAAUUGGGAUGGAGACAAUGUGUCAAGACUGAAAUACCUAUUGUGCGCUGGGAAGUGAUGAACAAAGUGUAAAUAGUGAACCACCAUAUGCCUGGCCUGUAGGACGAGGUCCAUUGAACUGUGCUCUUCUCUCGUGAGUGAGAUAGGAAGAGUUGGAGUCGUGCUGCCCUUGCUAGUGAUGCAGGCGCAAUUUAGUCAUGACCAUCUGUCCAAUGCACAUUUUGUAUACAUACUUACCCAUAUUUUAUAUGUUACAUUUUUCAGUAAAAUUUAUUAGCUGUAUUUUGUUUGGCUGCAUAUAUUUUUUAUAUUGUGAUCAUUCUAACCCCUUUUCUGAGUAUUCAAAUUUAUCCACCCAUGUGUAGCCAUACAUAAAUGAACAAACUAUCAAGUCAAAAUGUGUUGUUAGCACUGGGUAUUUAUUUUUUCUUUUUUGUUGAUCUAUGUGUUAGACAUAAACAGUCCACUAUUUUGUAAAUCAUUCUCAAAGGUCAUAUUAUAUAUUUUGCCCAUAUUUUAAGUUAUUAUGGUUUCAAAACAUUGAAAAAUAAACUCUCUAGUAAAA